CCUUGAAAAUUCACAUCGUUUUCAUUAAUGUUCAAUCAUCCAUUAAUUGCCAUUUUAUAACAAAAUGUUGGGAACUCGUAAAAGAUCAAUUUAGUGUGAUGAGCUGAAUAUAAUUGAACAGCUUGGAUCGAAAUAACAACCUGUGAUAUAUGAGGACAAAUUCCAGAGUUAUCUAUACAUCAAGUUGUCUUUACAAGGUUUAAAAAACGAGUUCUUCAAGUUCUUAAGUGCAGGAUGUGGCAUUGAAAACGCCUUAACCAAAACACAAACAACAAGCGACAGAGAAAAUGAUUACUUCGCAAAGGGCCCAAAAAUGGCAUCUGUUCUGCCUACUUCUUACCACAGGUUUGUGGACCUGCGCCGCGGAGGUGCGCAUCAACCCCAUCCUGAGCAGCGACGACGAGAACACAACCCGCGUCACGACGCCCGCCGUCUCGCGGGAGCCUCACUUCGCGCCAGACUCGCCCCGGGAAGUGGUCGCCGCGGUGGGGGCUCCCGCGCACAUACCGUGCAAGGCGCGCAGCCUUGGUGCUAAAUCCGUAUCCUGGAUACGGCACCGGGACUUGCAUAUGCUGACGGUGGGCGCGUUCUCGUUCACGAACGACGAUCGCUUCACGGCGCACCGCGACCCCUCGUCGGGCGACUGGGUGCUUGUCAUCCGCCGUCCGCAGUUGUCAGACUCCGGCCUGUACGAGUGCAGCCUCUCCACCAAGCCUGUCAUCACCCACACUGUCAAGCUCAGCGUCGUAGUGCCGGCAGCGGAGCUGUUGGGUGGCAGUGAUGUGUUCCUGGACCACGGCAGCGCCCUCAACCUGACGUGUGUGGUGCGCCACAGCCCCGUACCACCAGAGUUUGUGUUGUGGUACCACAGGGACGAGCUCGUCAACUACGGGGGUCGAGGUCACGGCGUCGACGUGGAGACGACGCACUCGGGAUCAACGACGCGAUCGUCUCUCCUCGUCGCCAACGCCACACAAAAAGACUCCGGCAAAUAUUCCUGCAAACCUGCCAACGCCGGCAACGCUUCUGUUGUUGUCCACGUGCUUAAAAGCGAGACACCAGCGGCGAUGCAAACGACCAACAGCAGCUCGCACGUUGUGGCCUCAGGAUCAGCAGGUCAUCCAUCGAUGUUGCUGCUGCCGACGCUGGUAUCACUGAUGCAUGGCCUCUGCCUGCUCUUCAUUCCCCUAGUCUUGCAUGUGGACAUCGCCAGGUUCUUUGCUGCCUCGAAGUUACGGGAGCGAAGCGAGGUUGUAAGCGCCGUCGAUAGAUGAGGUGUUCGCGCGGCACUGUAUAGCUAUAGGGGUAGCGCACACCGCUAUAACCAAAAAUCAUUGCACUAAGAUUAAAAUAUUAGGAUUUGGUCUGUGUUAUAACUGUGUAAGAAGUAUCCUCUACACAAUGUUCUAGAGCACUGACGUGUGUCUAUUUAUUAAUGUUUACACAUUUUAAUGUCACGCAAUCUGGAGCGGUUUUAAAUACUUUAAAUCGAGAUGCUUCAACAAAAUCCGGCGAUAAAUCUAUGUAUGAAAUUUUAAACGUUUCUAAUGAAAAAUAUUUUAUUAAACGUUGUACAAUUGAUGAGAAUAUGCUAGACUUUGGUAACGGUUUAUAUAAUCUCGUGUAUAUUAUAAAGCAUUUUAUGAGAGUAUUGUGACUUUUCACUUAAUAUAUCCACUUUCCUACUGAGCAACGUGCUUAAAUAAUCCGAAAUCGCAUAUAUGCCAAAGAUUUCAAGUUUAAUAAUUAUACAGAUUUUUAGCAUAGAAAUUUUCGAAUGGAAUACAGUGUAAAGAAUUGAAUAAAUAAAAUGAAAAUGAUCUUUGAAAAUAAUCUAGAUGACGGCAAAAGGGCAAAGAAAAAGGCGUCGAUGUUAAACAAGCAAAGCAGCAAAGUCACGUUUAGAAGGGCGAGAGCAGGACGAGGUCGACCAAACGUGUAAUUCGACAGGAACUUCGAUUGUAAAAGUUCGUGAAGCUCGUUGGCGUCUUUGUUUUUGUCGAGCAGCGAGGUACAUUGAAAACAGGUCGGGUGAAUUUCAUUAAGUCUUCUUUCAGUGCCCGAAGUUGAUCAGUCUUGAAGUUGGGGGCACGCAAGGUAGCGAAAUACUUCCAAAAUAUCGAGUAUGUCCUUCUCUAGCGAUCUCAUACUUGACCUUAUUUCUCAACGUGAGUGAUUUAUAAUGUUAUUUUUAAAUUAGGCGUGUAAUAAAUGAACAAUAACUCGUAUUUACACCAGUCGAAUGAAAAACAGCAAUACCUGAAAAAAGUUCAUAUGCUUUCUCAAGCAUAUGAACUCAACUCUCAAGCGUUCACAUCUGUGAGCUAAAUGUAAUUGGCUGUUUUAUUGAUCUGUAUCUGUAUUCUGUAAUUGAUUUGUAAGUCUCCAAUUGUUCUUGAAUCUUUUGUAAUCCGACGGCGAUUUAAU